CGUGUUAGCAGAAGUUGAAGUGUUCACUCCCCCGGUGACUGCAGCAAGUUGUACACCUGUCCAUAGAAAUGACUCGUCCCUUCCGCGGGUGAGAGGCUACAGUACUGGGGGGCGACCAUUGAACCCGGAGGCUCGGAGCGGGUCGGCUCGGUUCGCAGCAGCAGCAGCAGCCAUGGGGGACCAAGGCGCUGGUUCGGAUGGAGAACUUGGCCUGAGAAGACAGUUUCCCAAACACCUGCUUCAUCAAAAGCUUCCUGCGUUCAACUCCUGGUUUUAUGGACUGCUCAUGCUGUGUCUGCUGGUGUUCGUCGUGUUCUUGGCCUUUUCGGAUAGCACCCUGUCGUGGUCCGAAACGUUCUCUCUUCAGAGACAGUACCAGCGUUUUUUCAACCAGAGCAUUCAAGUGAACACACCUGCUUAUCUGAUUCCCCCAAAACACAGAGCUUUUCUAAAUACAAUGAAGGAAAAGACGACACCGACCCCUGAAGGCCUUCAGUACCAUGAAGCGUAUCCGCACAACUACAGGUAUGUCAUGGACAACCCCGAGGUUUGCAAAGUCAACUCGCCUUUCCUGGUCCUGAUGGUGCCGGUGGCGCCAAGCAACGUUGCGGCUCGGGACGCGAUCCGGGCAACGUGGGGCAAAGACCGAGUGGUUCAGGGUGAGACGGUACUCACUCUGUUCGUGUUGGGUCUCGAUAAAAGACACGACGUUGAGAAGCUCCAACAGGAGAACCAGCAGCACAACGAUCUGAUCCAGAGUAGCUUCCUGGACACGUAUGUCAACCUGACCAUUAAAACCAUGGUGAUCAUGGACUGGCUGGCCACGCGCUGCCCUGCAGCGGCCUACGCCAUGAAGGUGGACUCUGACAUGUUCCUGAACGUCGAUAACCUGGUGAUCAUGUUGAAGAAACCAGGGAUCCCCCAAAAAAACUAUCUGACAGGAAUGCUCAUGUGGAACAGACCCGUUAUCCGGUCCAAGGACUCCAAGUGGUACGUUCCCGAGGAGCUGUACCCUAACCCUCAGUAUCCCACAUACACUCUGGGCAUGGGGUACGUCUUUUCCAAUGACCUGCCCACCAAAUUUGUGGAGGUCUCAAAAUCUAUCAAGCCUUUUAACAUAGAGGACGCUUAUAUUGGGAUGUGCAUUAAAAAGCUGGGACUUUCGCCGACGUCUCCGCCAGACCCUUCGCAGUUUAAGGCGUAUAAUUCUAAGUACGAUCGCUGUGAAUUCUCUAAGAUCAUUACGUACAUUCUUAGCUCUUCGGAACAAUUGAAAAACUAUUGGGCAGACUACAAGAAGCCUGGACCUCACUGCUAAAGCCGUUCACACUACAGAUGCAACGUGAUGAUGUGAUGAUUUCUAGAUAUUCUGCAGGUUGAAAAAUUGCGAAUGGCAAUCAACGUUUAAAAAGAAAAGAGUUUUUUGCUUCAAAUUUCGUGAAGCAAAGCUGUUAUACAUGUUUCAGUUAAUCUGGCAGGAUGUGAACCACUACUGGAAUUGAUGUGCUAUUCUUUUAAAAAUGGUUUUAUAUGUUUUUUCUGUGUGUUUUGUUAUAUUUUAAAAAGGAAAUUGCAUAGAAUGCACUGUUAUUCAAACAGAGAAACUGGCCUGCACUUUACUGAGUAAUGGAUGUCAAACACCAAAACUAACAUGUCAACAUGAAAAAAGGGCAAGGACUUUUACUUGAAGUUAGCACAACAUAAAUUAGUAAAUGCAACUACGACUAUCAGAGAAAAGGUUGCAUUAUGUUGGCUAUGUCCAGUAAAUUAAAAACAUAAAUCAAUUGUGUUCCUGUUAAUUGAUUUUAAACGAUGUACCUGGGAUUUUGGAAUAAAAUGGUACGUUUUGUGAG